UCUUCAUAAUUCUCUUUUUGUCCCUCUUCUCUUUCAUCUUGUCAUAAUUAUAAUUCCUCAACUUUCAACAUGGUCUCUGAAAAAAUUCAAGAAAAUAUUAAGCUUCCAAUCAUUGACCUUUCAUUAGAGAAAUCACAAAUAUUAAAACUCAUAGUGAAAGCCUCUGAAGAAGUUGGUUUCUUCAAAGUUAUUAACCAUGGUGUUGACACAAAUGUUAUUAAAAGAAUGGAAGAUGAAAGUUAUAGUUUUUUUUCCAAACCUUUUUCCCAAAAACAAUGUGCUGGUCCAGCAAAUCCAUAUGGCUAUGGUUGCAAAAACAUAGGAUUCAAUGGAGAUAAUGGAGAAGUUGAAUAUUUGUUACUUCAUGCCAAUCCUAAUUUGUCUAUCUCUCAAACAUCAAAAAAUAUUUCAAGUGAUCCACUCAUGUUCAGUUGUGCAGUGAAGGGAUACGUAGAAUCCUUGAGGGAGUUGGCAGCUAAUAUAUUGGAAUUGAUGGCACAAGGAUUAAGGGUCCCACAUACUUCAGUCUUCAGUAACCUUCUCAUGGACCUUCAUUCUGAUUCUCUACUUCGCAUCAAUCACUACCCUCCAUUCAACUGGACCCCACAUCAUCUCCAUCAGGAUUGUGACACGUCACCUACCUCUUUAAGUAAAAUUGGAUUCGGAGAGCAUACGGACCCUCAGAUCUUGACCAUCUUAAGAUCAAACGAUGCUCCUGGCCUCCAAAUAUCACCUCAAAAGGGAUUAUGGAUCCCCGUAUCACCUCACCCGAAUACUGCUUUUUCCGUCUUUGUUGGCGACACUUUACAGGCUCUGACAAAUGGAAGGUUUAAGAGUGUGAGACAUAGAGCAAUGGUGAAUUCGUGCAAAACUAGGAUGUCAAUGGUGUAUUUUGGUGCCCCAUCACCCUAUGCUAGAAUUUGUUGUCCCUCAGAAUUAUUGGUCACUACAACAACACCACAUAAACCUUAUCGUCUCUAUAGGCCAUUCACUUGGGCUGAGUACAAGAAAGCUACUUAUUCCAAGAGACUUGGGGACACUCGUCUUGAUCAGUUUUUCAGAAUACAAUCAGAAAAUGAUGAAACAACAACUAUUGAAUAAUCAGAGGUUUCGAGUUCGAGACUUUG